AUGUCAACCAUUACAGAACCUACUCCAGCUUCCGUUGCCAGCGGACCUGGCCCCGAGGACGGUGUCCUCAAACCUUCAACCGACAAAGGCUACACAAUGGAACAGCAGGGUGUUAGCAAUCUCACUUUCGGAGGCGGCGAAUACAAGCUUUUGAGACCCAAAUUUGCUGAUAAGAUGGAAGAACGUAAGCACACUUUGGAGCAUAUGGCCGGAGCUUUCCGUAUUUUUGGUAGGAGAGGAUACGGGGAGGGCCAAGCGGGUCAUAUUUCCGUCAGGGACCCAGUAGACCCACACACGUUUUGGAUUAAUCCUCUGGGACUCCAUUUCAGUCAAAUUUGUGCCUCGGACAUGGUUCACGUCGACUCCGAGGGCAACCUUCUAAGCGACGGCAACCAAGCUGCUAUCAACGCUGCAGGCUUUAAGAUCCACUCUGAGCUACACAAAGCCCGUCCUGAUGUUAAUGCAGCCUGCCACACACACUCUACUUAUGGUAAGGCAUGGGCCGCAUUUGGCAAAGAACUCGAUAUGCUCAACCAGGAUUCAUGCAUUUUCUACAAGAAUCACUCGGUGUAUGAUGAUUUCGGUGGAAUUGUUUUCGAGGCGGAAGAAGGCAAGAGACUGGCUGCUGCUUUGGGGUCUAACAAAGCUGUUAUCUUGCAGAACCACGGUCUCUUGACAGUAGGAGAAACCAUUGACGAAGCCGGUUAUCUAUUCACAUUACUCGAAAAAACCUGCGAAGUUCAACUCCAGGUGGAAAUGGCCACACGUAUGGGCUUGGAGAAGAAGCUGAUUCCUGACGACGUAGCUUACUACACAUAUUACAAUACCGCUGACCCCGAAACUUUGUAUGCUGAAUUUCAGGUUGACUACAACCUAGAGCUCAAACUGACCAAGGGCGAGUUUCUACAGUAA